AUGUGUCGGCAGGGUCGUACAGAAACUAUCUCUCUCUCUCUCUUUCUCUCUCUCCUCUUGGCCUCCUUAUUCAUUGCCUUCUCUUUCUUUUUGCUUACUUUUUUCUUCUCUCUGACUCAACCUUUUUCUUUCCCCUCUCUUUUCCAGUCACACUCUUUCUUUCUUUUUCUCUCUCUCUCUCUUCCAAAUGACCCCCACUUUCUUUUCAACCCUUUCACUCUCAUUUUAUUGACCCGUAAUGAUUUAUUUACACGCGGUUUUUACACAUCUAUCUAUCUAUCUAUCUAUCUAUCUAUCUAUCUAUGUGUAGGUUUCAUUAUCUAUCUAUCUAUCUAUCUAUCUAUCUAUCUAUCUAUCUAUCUGUUUGUUUCGUCUAUCUAUCUAUCUAUCUAUCUAUCUAUCUAUCUAUCUAUCUGUUUGUUUCGUCUGUCUGUCUAUCUAUCUAUCUAUCUAUCUAUCUAUCUAUCUAUCUAUCUAUCUAUCUAUCUAUCUAUCUCUAUGUGUGUGUGUUUGUUUCAUCUAUCUAUCUAUCUAUCUAUCUAUCUAUCUAUCUAUCUAUCUAUCUAUCUAUCUAUCUGUCUGUUUGUUUCAUCUAUCUAUCUAUCUAUCUAUCUAUCUAUCUAUCUAUCUAUCUAUCUGUUUCUUAACUAUUUAUUUACACUCUCUACGGUUGUCCUCUUUUUCUCACGCGCACACAUGAUCUAUCUAUCUAUCUAUCUAUCUAUCUAUCUAUCUAUCUAUCUCAGGCCUCUCAUAUCUAUCUAUCUAAAAAUCAAUUUAUCUGUCUCAGGCUGCUCAUAUCUAUCUAUCUAUCUAUCUAUCUAUCUAUCUAUCUAUCUAUCUAUCUAUCUAUCUAAGGCCUCUCAUAUCUAUCUAUCUACCUAUCUAUCUAAAAAUCAAUUUAUCUAUCUCAGGCUGCUCACAUCUAUCUAUAUCUAUUUCAGUCCUUUUCAUAAAUAUCUAUCUAUCUAUCUAUCUAUCUAUCUAUCUAUCUAUCUAUCUAUCUAUCUCAGGCCUAUCUAUCUCAGGCUGCUCAUAUCUAUCUAUCUAUCUAUCUAUCUAUCUAUCUAUCUAUCUAUCUAUCUAUCUCAGACCUCUCAUAUCUAUCUAUCUAUCUAUCUAUCUCCGUUUGUUCAUAUCUAUCUAUCUAUCUAUCUAUCUAUCUAUCUAUCUAUCUAUCUAUCUCAGUAUGUACAUAUCUAUCUAUCUAUCUAUCUAUUCAUCUAUCUAUCUAUCUAUCUAUCUAUCUAUCUAUCCUACCCACUUUAUUUUUCUUCACUUUUUGUUCCUCAGGCUUUCUUCAUUGUCUUUCUACUUUUUUUCCCCCUUUCUCCUUUUUAUCCUACCCUCUCCUUAGUCCGUCACUUCCUCUCCCUUCUUCCCUCCCUAUUUUUUUUCAGCAACCUGCCCCUACCCACGACCCCGCGUACUUCUCUCUCGUUGUCGCUCUCCUUUGCUAUCUCUAGCAUUUCUUUCGGUGGUAUUUCAGUCGGCUAA